UAACUAAAAGUUAGUUAAUUAGCAAGUAAAUCUAUGAAUAAUAUGAGUUUGCAAGGGAUUUAUAGCGCUUACUGCAGUAAUGUAAUGCAAGGAGUUUAGACAAUUUUACCAUAAUAAAAUAAUAUAUAAAAUUCUUUAAAUACAAUUUAAGGACCUUUGUGCUAAUACUACAAUUCAUCUUUAAAAAAAUAUCGCAAUAACAGCCAUAUAAUUCAAUAAACAUAGGGGUUAAUAUCUGAAUAGAAAAAAAAUUUUAGAGAAGCUUAAAAUGUGAAAUUAUAAAAGUAUCUAAAUUAGUAAAUUCAAGGUUAGCAAUAUCCUUACCUGUAAUAGCAAACAAACAAUUUGCAGAUGCUAAUUUUGAAAGAUUUAUACUCAAAUUUUUUUUAAGAUAUUAUGAGAGAAUAUAAAUUUUAUCAGUAAGUAAUGACAGAUAUUGAUCUGCAAUAUCCUAUUCAAAAUAAAAUCAAAAAGAGUUCUAACAAUAAUAAAGAAUGGUUUGAAUAAAAUUAUAUUAACAUCUUAAAAAGUUAAAUUACAAAGAAUAGUUAAAUUAAACAGACAAUAAUGCAAUUUAGGAAUACUAACAUACCAAAAAAAGUGCAAAAAAUAAUUUCAAAAUAAUAAAGUUUUCACAAAAAUAGAAUUUUAAUUGAAAUUGACUAAGAAGAAGUUAACGAUGUUAGCGGGAUAAAAAAAUAAUUUUAAAUACAGCAAUAAGGGUUAUUUCAAUCAGUAUCGCCUUUGAAUAAAAUAGGUAAAAAUGAAGUAAAAUUUAAAAUAACCAGUAGAAACUAGAUUAUAAAUUCAUCGAAUUCAGUUACUCGAACUGAAAAUAAUUGGAGAGUACAAAAAAAAGAAGAGUCUAAUAGUAAAAAUUCGUAGAUAUUUCAAAAGAGGGUUCCGUUAAAAGAUAAAAAAGAAAAUUAGUAUUUAGCAGAAGGGGAAGCUAAGCGAUAUAAUUCUGUUACUAAAAGAUAUAUUAAUUAUGAUAGCAAUACCACAAAUACCAGUUAUAAUGCUUUCAACAAAGUUUAAAAUUAAAACUUUAAAAAAUACGAUAGUAAAACUGAAAAUGACUAGUAACUAAGUGAUGAAGAAGAAUUUACUUAUAUGGCAGGAGGUGUUAAAAUUAGAGUAAAUACACUUUCUGGAAAUACUAGAUGUGAGAGAAGUUAGUCAUUAAUUAAAGAAUUACCAAAUAAACUUUCAGAUAUAAAUUUAAACAAAGUAAAUUUUUCUGGUUAAAAAAAUAACAACCAUUAGAUUAUUAAUUAAAGAAAAAUUCUAACUGACCAAUUGAUUUCUAUCUCACCAAAGCAUAACUAUUAAGUGUACAUGGAUAGUAAAUAUUUUGGAAAUAAUGAUGGAAAUCAAUAAUAACCAAAAUAUAAAACUGAACAAAAUAUAAUAGAUCAUUAUUCUUUAAAUUGGGAAAAAAAUUAGAAUAUUGAAGAAAAAUCUUAAAUUUUAAACUUUUUAAAGAAUCAGAAAUAAAAUAGCAAAUAAAAUUUAAAUAUUUAACAAGUUUCAAGUGUGUUAAUUGUAAAUUAAAAUCAACCCUAAAUUAACUCUUCAGUUUUAAAAUAGUAAAAUAUGUAAUUACUUAAAAUAGAAAACUUACACACAAGUCCCACUUCGAGGUCAAAAUAGAACUCAUUUAGUAAUAGUACAAAUUCUAAUUCUUAUUUAGACUAAAGCUAAGCUCGAUAUAGAUUAUAAAUUAAUCCUAACUGCACUCAACUUCCUAAUAUGAGAAUUCCCUCUUCAAAUAGAGUGCAAGGCAGUUCUUAAACAAGAGGGACAGAAUAAAGUUCUUUAGGAGUGAUGCCAUAAUAAUAAUCUAAUUAAUUAUCAUUUUAAAAUCAACCUCUGAAUCCAUAAAUAUAUACAAAUUUAAAUGAAUAUUUUUGCUAAACUCCAUCUCAAAAGUAAAGGGAAAUAAAUAAUUAAACUUCUAGAUAGAAUAAACAUGAGGUAAAAGGCUCUAAUAUAGUACAAUUAACUCCUUUACAAAGUAAAUCAAACAGUAAUCUAGAAAAUAAGGAAGAAAUCUCAAAAUCUAAAAAUCAAAAAAGAGACAAAAACACUUUAAAAGAUUUAAUUUGUUCAUAUUAUGAAACCCCAAAAAACAUUACUGGCAAUGCUUAAUCAGUUUUAUCAUAGUAUUCCCCCAUAAAUAAUAGGCAAGAUGCAUUAAAAAAACAAAUAAAUUUAGAAAUUGAAUAAAAAAAUAGUAUCAACCAACAAGCAUAGUGCUAAAACAAUCUACCAUUAAAUGAAUUAGAAUUAAAAUAAUUAGAUUAAAAUUUUCUUAAAGAAGGUAACUAGGCAAAAUCACCAUAUAAAAAUGGGUUUAUGAGGGAAUUUAAGGAUAUAAAUAAAUAAUAAUAAGAAAUCAAAGAAUUGGAUAGCAAUAUUUAAUUGAAUAUACCAAACUUACUUGCAAAAAAAGAAUCACAUUUACUUAAUAAUACUUUUAAUCUUUAAAUUGCAAACUAAGAUGAAGAAAAGUAAAGUUAAUUAUAGUAAAUAUAAAACACCAUUUGGUUUUCAAAUAACUAAAUAUUUGGAUUAAUUUAAGAUAAUCAAAAUAAUACAAUUAACGAUUAUAAACAGGAUGAGUAAAAUAUUAAUACUAUCCAAGCCAAGUUGGAUGAACAAUAAAAAUAUGCAAAUUACAGUUAGAUUAAUAUCUAAAACACUUAUGAUGAUAAAUAUAAGAUUGAUAUUAAUAGAAGCUUUUAAAGAAGAGAAAAUUCAAUUGAAAAAGAUAAAAAAAAUGAUUACAAAAAAAAUUAAAUUUUAUCCUCUGAGUUUUUAAAUAAAGCAGUGAAUAAUCAAGAUGAAUAUAUAAAGUAAAAUUAAGAAAAAAGUUAUCUUUUAACAGAUAACUCUGCUAUAUUUUAAAAAUUGUAAAAUAAUAUAAGAUCAAGUCCAAGCACACCUUUUAGAAAAGUGAAUAAUUCGAGACAAAGAAUCUAUUAGAAUCAAAGAUAAAUUUUAACAGAAAUUUAAAAAGGGAACCCUGUUUUGAGCUAUAUUUAAACUUAAUACAACUAAACAUUAUUAAAGGAUAACAAAAUGCCAUAAGGUGUUUCUAACGAUAAAGUUUCUUAAUUAAGAAAGAUUUCUUUACUACCUAAAGAGAAAAUUGAAAGAUAAAUUGAUUCUUUAAAUAAUUUGAAAGCUUCUAGCUCAGAAAGGUCUCAGGAGAGAUAGUAAUAUAAAAAUAAUAAUAAUAAUCCUUACCUUCAAAAGAGUGAUUUUUUGAAAUAGGUAAAAAAGAAAUAAGAUAAGAAUAAAAUAAUUGGAUAACUUUUAAAUUUAAGUGAAUAUUCUAAUCUAGAAGGUUAUUCAUAACUUAAUACUUUUAAAGAAAAUUCCUGCCAAUAAAAUUCAAUUGAAUCAACAAAAAGAAAAAAUAAAAAUUAAUGUGAAAAUGAUUAGAAAGAAGGAAUUUCAGAGCUUUAGUAUAAAACAAAUAAAUAAAAUUGUGCUUAACAAGAAAUUACAAAACCAAAUAUUAAUUGCAAUUUAAAUAAAUAUGAGAUAUAGCAAAAAUUUUAAUUAGAAGCAAUUAUGAAUAAUUAGCCUAAUGUAGUUAGAAUCUGA